UAGUGUAGUCGGUAGGCGGUUCACUAGGUUUUGAAACACAGCAAGAGUCCGUCUCUCAUGUACACAGCAGAGCGGAUGAGGGCUCGUGCUAAAAUCAUUAACUAAACGACAUUUUAGCUUGUUAUCUGUAAAACGUUUAACGGACAUAUCGUGUUUAAUACAACAUACGUUGGUUACUGAGGCACAAUCACUCUUAUUACAGCAUUUUAACGGUUAGCUUGAUCAAUGGAUGUCUUGAUUAGCGGGGUAACGCUAGUAGCUAGCCUGUUAGCUACACGGUGAGUUAAAUUGUCCUACACCGACAAACUUCAACUUCCUGUGGGCGUGAGAAUCACAACAGACCGUGGCCUCUCGGGCCUUACCGGGGUGUGUGUUUCCAUUGUAACCAGCUGUACCGGUAAACUCCAGCAGAAUGGCAGACAGUGCCUGUCUUCAGUUUGUGAGCCCGUAUGCCUUUGAGGCCAUGCAGAAGGUAGAUGUGGCCAGACUGGCAGCUCUGAGUGAUCCCGAGCUGCGGCUUCUUCUGCCCUGUCUGGUGAGGAUGGCUCUCUGCGCCCCUGCUGAUCAAAGCAACGCCUGGGCGCAGGACAAGAAGCUCAUCCUGCGACUGUUGUCCGGGGUGGAGGCAGUGAACUCCAUAGUAGCUCUGCUGUCUGUGGAUUUCCAUGCUCUGGAGCAGGACGCUAGAAAAGAGCUGCAGCUCAGGCAUAAGGCUGGAGGCUCCAACACUGAAAGCAUCUUGAUCUCUCAGCUGCAGCAUGGAUUGACUCUGGAGUUUGAACAUAGUGAUCCUCUCAGGAGACUUCGACUGGCUCUCAGUGAGCUACUGGCCAUUAUAAACAAGGUGGCUGACUCCAAUGGAGAAUUUUUCCUGAGGUCCUCUGAGCUCUUUGAGAGUUCUGUGUACCUGGAGGAGGUGGCUGAUGUCCUUUGCAUCCUUCAAGCAGAGCUGCCCUCCUUGCUUCCCAUCAUUGAGGUGGCUGAAGCUCUGCUUCACGUGAAGAACGGGGAGUGGUUCCUGUGUCUGCUGGUAGCCAAUGUCCCAGACAGCUUUAAUGAAGUAUGCAGGGGUUUGAUAAAGAAUGGAGAAAGGCAGGACGAGGAGAGCGUUGGUGGCAGACGCAGGACAGAAGCUCUCCGGCAGCUGUGUCAAAUGAACCCCUCCCAGGCUUUGAACAUCAGGGCUAUGGUGGUGGAGGAGUGUCACCUCCCUGGCCUGGGCGUGGCUUUGACCCUAGACUAUAAGCCAGACAUAGCAGAUGAAGCGGUCAGUCCUUUGGUUUCUUACGUCAGCGGCCUUCUGCUGGGCACCAAUGGAAAAGUGCGCACCUGGUUCAGUAUGUUCAUUCGCAACGGUCAGCAGAGGAAAAGAGAGAGCAGCUCUGUGUUGUGGCAGAUGCGGAGGCAGCUGCUGUUGGAGCUUGUGGCCAUCUUGCCUCGUUCUCGAAGUACCCACAUUCCCAACGACAGCAAUAUGGACACAGACAGUGGCUCAGGGUACUCUGGCUUGCGGGAGGAACAUGUGGUGAAGGCCAGUGCGUUGCUGAGACUGUACUGCGCACUCAUGGGUAUCGCUGGGCUCAGGCCCACAGAUGAAGAGGCGGAGCAACUGUUGCAACUUAUGACCAGCCGUCCGCCGGCCACGCCUGCAGGAGUGCGCUUUGUCUCUCUUUCCUUCUGCAAACUGUUGGCGUUUCCCACACUUGUCAGUACUCCAGAACAGGAGCAGUUGAUGGUAAUGUGGCUCAGCUGGAUGAUUAAAGAGGAGGAGUAUUUUGAAAGUGCCGCUGGUGUCUCGGCCUCUUUUGGAGAAAUGCUAUUACUGGUCGCCAUGUAUUUCCAUAGCAACCAGCUCAGUGCCAUCAUAGAGCUGGUUUGCUCCACCCUGGGGAUGAAGAUUGCUAUUAAACCCAGCUCACUGAGCAAAAUGAAGACUAUUUUCACCCAGGAAAUCUUCACAGAACAGGUGGUCACGGCACAUGCGGUGAGAGUGGCAGUUACCAAUAACCUCAGUGCCAACAUCACAGGAUUCCUCCCUAUUCACUGUAUAUACCAGCUGCUGAGGAGCAGAGCCUUCACCAAACACAAAGUGUCUAUUAAGGACUGGAUCUUCAGACAGCUGUGUGAGACGACCACUCCCCUCCACACUCAGCUGCUUCCUUUAAUUGAUGUUUACAUUAACUCCAUCCUGACCCCUGCUUCCAAGACCAACCCCGAGGCCACCAACCAGCCAAUCACAGAGCAGGAGAUCCUUAAUGUUUUCCAGGGUUUGGUCGGGGGUGAUGGAGGGAAAGUUCGUUCUCAAUACACAAUCACCACCCAGUUGCUCAUUCUUUACUACAUCCUGUCUUAUGAAGAGGCUCUGCUUGCCAAUACAAAGGCACUAGCACUGAUGCAGAAGAAGCCGAAAUCCUAUUCUGCAGCCCUUAUGGACCAGAUACCCAUCAAAUAUCUCAUCCGCCAGGCACAGGGACUACAACAGGAGCUAGGAGGCUUACACUCCGCCUUGCUGCGUCUGUUGGCCACAAACUACCCACAUCUGUGUAUGGUGGAGGACUGGAUUAGUGAAGAGGAAGUGACUGGUACUCUGCCCUUACUGAGGAAGAUGCUGCUAACCUCCUCAUCCUGCAAAUACUCACAGACACAGCUACGAGAAGCUUUCCAGAACGUUCUCUCUGCUGGUCCCAGACUGCUGCGUAUCCUGGAGCACUUGACGCUGCUCUCCGCAGGAGAUCUCAUCCCAUACGCGGAGGCUCUGACAGCCAACAUGGGCCUGCUCCUGGAGGACGCCGUCUCUCGCAGGAUCCAACAAACCAUCAACAAACUCUGGAUGGUACUUAAUACAGUCAUGCCACGCAGGCUGUGGGUGAUGACUGUGAAUGCUUUGCAGCCCUCGGUGAAGCUCCUCAGACAGCAGAAAUACACCCAGAACGAUCUGAUGGUCGACCCUCUCAUUGUCCUGCGCUGUGAUCCCAGAGUCUUCAGGUGUCCACCACUGAUGGACAUCACACUUCACAUGCUAAACGGGUACCUGCUGGCAUCCAAGGCCUACCUGAACGCCCACCUAAAGGAGACGGCCGAAUUUGAGCGGCAGGGUCACACCGUCUCGAACCUCGGGCUCGGCGGACAGCCAGAUGCACCCGAGGUCACCAGAGAGGAGCUGAAAAACGCUCUCCUGGCUGCUCAGGACAGUGCAGCGGUGCAGAUCUUGUUGGAGGUGUGUCUGCCGUCCCCUCAGGAGGAGCUGCAGCUGGGAGGAGCAGACAGUCUGCUGAAGAGAGUUCAAUCCGCUCCAGGUAUUCCCGCGCGAAUGCAGACGGGGGACGGGCGGGGGGCCCAGGGGGAGCGUGAGGGUGAGAGCGGACUGCUCAGCGACCUGAGGGAGGUGCAGUGUCUCAUCUGCUGUCUGCUGCACCAAAUGUUCAUCGCAGACCCCAACAUUGCCAAACUAGUGCACUUCCAGGGUUAUCCACAGGCUCUGCUCCCUUUAACCGUCGCAGGAAUUCCUUCCAUGCACAUUUGUCUUGACUUUAUCCCAGAACUCCUGGCACAGCCCCAGCUGGAGAAACAGAUCUUCGCCAUAGAGCUGUUGUCCCAUCUGUGCACCCAGUAUGCCCUUCCCAAAUCUCUUAGCGUGGCACGUCUCGCCGUCAGCGUGAUGGGUACCCUCCUUACAGUGCUGACACGUGCCAAGCGCUUUGCAUUUUUCAUGCCGACGCUGCCGUGCCUGGUUGCGUUUUGCGAGGCGUUUCCUCCGCUCUUCGAUGAUGUCAUGUCUCUGCUGGUGCAGGUGGGACAGGUGGCCGCUGCCGAUGUCACCACUAAGACCAGAGAUAUCGAUCCUAUCAUUGCCAGGCUCCAGUAUCUAAAAGAGAAACCACAGGAAACUGCGUCAUCAGAAUCCAAAUUCUCUCUACCCAAGAGAUCUGCCAAAGAGCUGGGCGGAGCCGACCCUGACGUACAGCUGUGCUAUCGGAUAGAAGCCACGUUCAUGGAUAUCAUCAGCUCCAGCACACAGGCACUGUGACAGAUUCAAACAUGUCCUGGUGAAACUCGAGAGAGAGAGAGGUUUGAUUGAGAGCUUUAAAUGGGUUCAUGUUACAGAGACAUAGAAAUGUGCUUGUGAAUCAACAGUGCAUUAUGAUGAUUGAUUUCUUGCAGCUGUUGCAUAUAGUGAUGGAAAAAUUCACUCCACUUAAAGUUCAAUUCACUCAUUGAUUUCUAGAUGUCAUACGUGAUUAAAACAUCUGGAAUAAAGUUAAUAAAUGAUAGGCUUGUUUUUUGAAAAGGGGGUUUAGAAGUAAACUGUAUUUGAAAGGUCAAAAUCAUGCAGUAGGAAUUAUAAAGUAAAAACAAAAUGCAUUUCAAAAUAUAGAUUGGAGUUUGUUAGAAUGCCAACUAGGCUAAAUAUGUUGUUGUAAGUAAUCUAUAUGGGACUUUUCAGGAAAUCUCGUGAAUUUAUAUCUUCUUUUUACUACUUAAAAGGAGAGUUCACCCAAAAAUGAAACUUCUGUCGUCAUUUACAAAUGAAGAUAUUUUGUCAAAUGUUUGUAACCAAACAGAUCUGUUGCCCUUAUUGACUCCCAUUGUAUUAUUAGAUCUGCUUUGUUACAAACAUUGUUUAAAAUAUCUUCAUUUGUGUAAAAUGUAAUACAUUUAUACAGGUAGUAGUUUCAUUUUGGGUGAACUAUCUCUUUAAGGGUUUGACCAGUUUAGAUGAAAAGUGGUUGCUUUAGAUUUAGUAGAUAUUUUUCUAAAUAGUGUAUAGCUUGUAAGUUGUGUUUUUGAGGGUGUGAUGUUCGUGUCCAUGGCACUUACCUGUACAAGUGAUAUUAUUGGUCUGUUUUCUAGACCGGCAUUUAUAUUUUCUUAGCUCAACAGGUUUCUUAAAGUGUGAUGCCAUGGUUUUGCAAACAUGUCAAUCUGAAGUCUUGAACAUUUGUAUUAAAACAUCUUUUUGAAAAGUC